AUGCAAAGACCAAAUGACCCAAUAGCUUCAAGAUGUCUCUUUAUCAAAAACCUCGACUUCAACACGACAGGUUCAGACAUAUACGAAGUCUUUGGGAAAUACGGUCCGAUAAGACAAGUACGAUUGGGGAAUAAUACAGAUUUGAAAACUAAAGGAACGGCUUAUGUCGUAUUUGAAUCACCUGAUGAUGCUCAUGAAGCUAUCACUCAUUUGAAUGGGUUCCAUUUACAAUCACGGUAUAUAGUUGUAUUAUAUCAUCACCCAUCCAAGCAACAAGCUUCCGCAUUAGCCAAAGCGGAGAUGCGGGCUCGUGAACGAGAAUUAGCAGAGGAGAAGAAACGGUUAGGAUUGCGAGACGAAUAA